UUGGUAUCAAAUCGCUUUCCGCUUCCCGACGACCACCGCCUCUCACUCUCCCCCUCACCCCGCGUCGAAUCUUCGGCGGCGAUGGCGGUUCGCGAGUUCGACCUCAUCAUCUUCGGCGCUUCCGGAUUCACCGGCAAGUACGUCGUCCGCGAGGCCCUCAAGUUCCUCUCCGCCCCCGGCCCACUCAGGUCCCUCGCCCUCGCCGGCCGCUCCCCCUCUAAGCUCGCCGCCGCCCUCCAAUGGGCCGCCUCCCCCUCCCCCCCUCCGCCCCUUCCCCUCAUCCCCGCCGAUGUCUCCCACCCGGACUCCCUCCUCGCCCUCUGCCGCCGCACCAGGCUUGUUCUUGACUGCGUCGGUCCCUUCCGCCUUUACGGAGAACCCGUCGUCGCCGCCUGUGUUGAGGCUGGCACCGACUACCUCGAUAUCUCCGGCGAGCCCGAGUUCAUGGAGAGGAUGGAGGCCAAGUACCACGAGCAGGCGGAAAAGGCGGGGUCUUUGGUGGUCUCGGCGUGCGGAUUCGACUCGGUGCCGGCUGAGAUGGGGCUCAUGUUCCAUUCUCUGCAGUGGGUGCCGCCUGCGGUGCCGAACCGGGUAGAGGCGUACUUGAGCUUGGAGUCGGAGAGGAGGAUCGUGGGAAAUUUGGGCACGUACGAGUCUGCGGUUCUCGGCGUGGCCAAUGUUCGCCAGUUGCAGGACUUAAGGAAGUCAAGGCCAAAGCGAGCUCGGCCCAUGAUUCCAGGCCCUGCACCUCCCAAAGGGCCAUUGGUAGAGCAUAAUAAGACACUUGGACUUUGGGCAUUAAAACUACCUUCUGCAGAUGCUGUUGUUGUCCGGAGAACACUUGCAAUGCUGGCAGAGAAUCCUCAUGGUCUUCCAGGUGCCAAUGAAAGUGAUGAGCAUGCAGAGAAGAGAAAGGCUUACUGGUCUACAGUGAAGCCUGCUCAUUUUGGUGUAAAGAUUGGCACAAAAUCUAUACUAGGAAUUUUCCGGUUCAUGGUAACUGGAUUAUUCAUCGGACUCUUUGGAGCAUUUGCAGUUGGGAGGUCACUUCUCUUAAAAUUUCCAGAAAUAUUUUCUCUUGGCUGGUUUAGAAAGACUGGACCAACAGAAGAAGAGGUCAGAAGCGCUUUGUUCAACAUGUGGUUUGUCGGGCAUGGCUAUAAUGACAUUAGCCUGGCUUCACAGAGUGGUAAGAAACCCGACACUGAGGUAAUCACCAGAGUGUCUGGCCCUGAGAUCGGAUACCUGACCACGCCAAUUACCCUCCUCCAGUGCGCUCUUAUUGUAUUGAGCGAACGUGAGAACUUACCGAAGGGUGGUGUUCUUACUCCAGGAAUUGUCUUUGGCCCCACUGAUCUGCAGAAACGCCUCCAAGACAAUGGGAUAUCUUUUGAUGUCAUCUCGACGAGAGCUUCUCUGCAUUAGUUUCUUGCUCUUGUUUCGCUCCUAUGCAAAGAUAAGGCUACGUCUGAAUAGUGAUCUCAUAUGAGCCUGAGAGCUAUAGUUGGUCAUAUGAAUGUAAUAAAGUCCUUGUUCAUUUUGUGCUUUCUAUGUCUGUAAUGUGCAUCUAUGUUGUUCUGUGAACUUGUAUUCUAGUAGAAAUAAAUGACGAGACUAUAUUAUUUUGGACUCGUAAUUU